AUGAAGCUCAAGUUAAAUCUCAAUACAUCCAGUGCUAAUGUUGCAGCUGCUGCGUCUUCGGGCACUCCUACAGCAGCGACACCAGGGCCCGCGCCGACACCAGGGCCCGCGCCGACACCAGGAGGCUCUCGACCAGGCACAAAAAUCAAGUUCAAGACCAAGUCCACGCCAUCUACUCCUUUGGAGCUCUCAGAGCCACCCAAGCUCAAGAAGUGGAAGGCCCCAAAACCCUCCAAGUCAUCCAUAAAAACUGCGAAACAUGUGGAGAGCAAGAAGGGCGAUAGCAAGAAGAGAGACAGAGAGGAAAGCGACGACGAGCACGGAACAAUCGCAGUUCAACCCCCUAAACAUCAACCAAAGAAGAUCAAGAUAGUUAGCGCCAAAACUCCCAAAACUCCCAUCGCACAAACACCCAUAAAUUUCAAGGCAAAGAUCAAGGGCAGGCCUCUUCAACGACACAAGGGAGAAGGAUAUGACUCCGAGGCCAGCGACACCGAAAUCGAUCCAGUUCAGUUGGAGGGAUUCAUCUGGCGACUGCUUCCUAAUGAUGACUGUGAAUAUCUACGACAAUGUAUUGUUGAGAAGAAAAUGGGCGUCCCUAUCUCACAAGGCGGUCCACAUAUAACGUUCAGGUUUUUUAGUCCUGAUGCUCGACGAGUCUCAUUUAAUAUUCGAGGACAAUACUACGCAGCGAUAGCGGUCGAUUUGCCUACAAUCACCGAAGCUAUGAAGAGUUGGGACAAGCGUGGUUGGUGGAAGAGUGUAGAUAUCUGUCAGAUGAUUUUGAUGCUGGCACCGGUUGAGAAGGAAGAAGACGUGAGAACAUUCCCACUUCCAAAGGAGGUUAAUCCAACGACAUGGGCUUAUUCCCACGGUAUUACGCCUCCCAUGCAUUAUGCUCGCAAACGACGUUUCAGAACUCGAGCGAACAGAAGCGACAUUGAACAAAUGGAAAGCGUCGUUGCCAGACUUCUAGAAGCCGAUAGUAAGGCGGUAUCUUCGAGUUGGCAGAUGAUUGAUGAGAACAAAGAGAGAAGAAGUCAAAUGUACAGUCCUAACCCGGAAACUCCUGGGGGAGAUGACCACGACGAGGACGAAUACGACGACGAAGACGCAGAGGGAGAAGAGGACGAUACUUCACAGCAGCAAGGCUACUUCAACACAGCCCACCACAACGAAGGAGGAGAAGACGAGGAUCAGGACGACGAGCUUUUCGCAGGAAUGGAGAAGGAAAUCGAAGCUGCGUUGGAAGAUCAACUCGAUGAACAAAUGGACGUAUCAACACCGAUGUCUACUACCGGAGCCACGCCCUUGGCAUCAAACGAUAACUCAUCUGCUUUGCCACAAGAAGAAGAGGAAGAAGAAGACAGUGGUGAUGAGUCUAUGGAAGGAGAUGACGAGGAAGAUGACGAUGUGGAAAUGAACCCAGAGGAACGAGAGCGACUCGCCCAAAUCGAAGAAGUCAAGGAGGAUAUCGCCGAUCUGGAAAAGAGAAUCGAAACCGCUCAGACACAAAUUGCUACACAACAGAAUCCAAUUCUUAAGAAGAGAUUGGAGGAUAAUGCACGCAAGUUGAAGGCUGAGUUGCAGAUCAAGAAGUCAUCCAUCGGCGAAGGGGAUGAGUAUUGA